AUAACCCCGCCAUCCCGCCUGUCAGAGAACAUAACCCAGGCUUGGAACAAUUACGCAGGUUGACUUUCGUUCACUGCUACACACGUCCUUCGAUCACAAUGCGUGAGAGAAUCCAACAGCUCGACAUCGAAGGUCGCAAUAGCCACGAUGCCAUCUUCGAGGCUUCCUAUCUGGAUGACAUCCCGGCCGCCCUGACCGAGUGGAAAGCGUCACGCAUCCUUCUCGUCGUCAGCACCAGUCUCGACACGAAGUCCUCGGUCAUUCGUGAUCUCGAGAAGGGCCUAUCAAACUACCAGGUCUACAAAAAAGUCGGAGUGGGCAGUCACUCGCCCUACAGUGACAUCAUCGACAUCGCACACAGAGUCCAGGACCAUGACAUCCAAGCCGUUGUCUCUAUCGGGUCGGGCUCCUACUCGGAUGCGUGCAAAAUCGCCGUGAUGCUGAGUGCUACACUCCCCUCGGGAUUCGGGGAGAAUGAGAUGGAAGCCUUGGUGGACCAGAAGCGAGGCCUAGCCGGACCGGACUCUGUCAAGGCUCCCGCAACCAAGCUGAUCUGUGUGCCCACAAGUCUCAGUGCGGGCGAGUGGAACUCCUACGCGAGCGGGACCAAUGCCGCAGGGAAGAAACAACAUUUUAUGCAUCCAGAGGGGGCCCCGUCCUUGAUCCUGAUGGAUCCCACGGUCGCACGAACCACCCCGUCGCACCUGUGGCUGGCGUCGGGCAUGCGCGCCGUCGACCACUUCGUGGAGAGUCUGUGCCGCGCCGAAUGCCACGAGGCUGCAAUUCAUAUCAAGAAGGGGUUGCCGCUUUUGGUGCGAGGGCUGAAGGAGUACCACGAGGGACAAGAGGGUGGCAACGAGGACGAGCUGCUAAAAGGCAUUGCAGAGAGUCAGCGCGGGUCUAGAGAUGCGCUGAUUCCUCUCAUCAAGUGGAAAAUACCCAUGGGGGCAAGCCAUGCUAUUGGCCAUCAGCUGGUGAGUUUGGUUGGCACCCGCGCUGGAUAGAGUAGAGUAGCUUGCUGAUCGAAGGUGCCAACAUAGGGCAGUGUGGCAGGCGUCCAGCAUGGUGUGACGGUAAGCCGGCGUCAAGUUCCACCCCAUCCUCUGCUGUAGGACGCAUACUGACUUUUGUCGAGAGCUGCAUUUUACUCCCCCCGACACUUCGAUUCACGCUCGAUGAGACC